AUGGGGCUCUCGCGGAAGAAGCCUGGCGGCGGGGUCCUCCUGCUUCUGUGGGGUGAGUGAGGGGCGGAGGCGGGAGCGGGGCCCCGGGGCCCUUCCCUUCCCUAGCGCUGUCCUGGAUCUCGGGCUUGGCUCUGGUCCUGUGGCCGACCCGACCGAGAACAGCCGCCCGGGCCUGGUGCCAAACAGCGAGAAGCGCAGCCAGGUCUCCUCCGGAGCAAGUCGACUCGGGGUCCAGCUGGCUGCCUGCCUGUCGGCGGUACGGGGUCAAGAGAGAUGUUGGGGUGCGGCGAGGGCUCCCUUCGUGGAUUCCAGCCGGGAGCGAAUCGGGGCCAGAAGCCUGGUGCCCCUUUGCCUGCUGUCCGGGGAAGAGGUGCACGGCCAGCCCGGCUAAGGGAAUUUUCUACCCGGAGACGCGACUCCGCCAAGUGGCGGAGCGAGGCGACGGGGCUCGGCCCUCCCGGCUCCUGUAGGGAUGGUGGACCACGAGACUGAGCUACCUUGCGGGGUUGUUGUCAAGAGAGCAGCUGGCCCAGGCCCUCGAAGUGCGCUGAACAGGGGGGAAAGCCAAACAAAUGCCCAGAAGUCCUUGUCGUAGGCUGAAAGAAUCACUGAUGGGUUGUAUUGAGUGCUUUUCUUACUCCGAGUAGACCCAUUGAAAUGAGUGACCCAUUGAAUAAAAUUAGAUCUGCAGCAUUGGAUGCGGGUGGCGCUGUGGGUUAAACCACAGAGCCUAGGGCUUGCCGAUCAGAAGGUCGGCGGUUCGAAUCCCCGCGACGGGGUGAGCUCCCGUUGCUCUGUCCCUGCUAAAGUGAAAGUAGAUAAAUAGGUACCGCUCCGGUGGGAAGGUAAACGGCGCUUCCGUGCGCUGCUCUGGUUCGCCAGAAGCAGCUUAGUCAUGCUGGCCAGUAAAGCGAGAUGAGCGCCGCAACCCCGGAGUCGGUCACAACUGGACCUAAUGGUCAGGGGUCCCUUUACCUUUAUUGGAUACAGUGAAAAAUAAAAAUCUGUCCCAACAAGAAAGAAAAUGGGAAUUUCCCUCUGAGGUGGAGUCUAUAAAGCACUGAGACUGGCACUUCUAAUGGAACCCACACCAAUCCUCCCCCACCCCAGACUAAAUGUUUAGGUCCCUGUCUCUGGGGCUGGUGUUAGACAUUGUGCUGCCAUAGGCAAAGGAUAACCUUCACUUCCAGGGCACAGCAGCCUAUAUUGGGGGGGGGGGAGACCAUGGGGGGCACAGCACCAUCCAUCCAAGACAUUGCUACUGCUCCCCCUUGUCAUCCGCUCAAGGCAGUUUCUUCCUUUUGUCUAAUGAUGGGGCCCCUUCUCGCCACCUGCUGGUAGUUGCUAUGUCUGGAGGCUGCAGAGCACCAGAAGGUGCUGUUUUUGGGAGUCCUUUGUGGCUGGUUCUGUUGAGUUCCUGAUCUCUGCCUGGCCAAGGGAAAAAACAGUGGGCGGUUCCUUUGCUGAGCUAAGCACUUCCUGCAAAGUGGGUCUGGCAGAAGAGGGAGCAGCAGGAACUCUUCCUGUCAACACCUCUGCGCUCCUGCUCAGGUGACUAACCCAUCUCUUGGGGUUAUAUUUUGCAGCAGCCCUUGCCAGAGUCCACUCCCUGGAGAUCCAGGCUGACUCAGACGUCCAGGCCUUUGUGGGUGAGGCCGUGAUCUUGAAGUGCUGGUUCAAGUCUUCCUUCCCAGUCACAGAGAAGCUCACCAUCGAUUGGACAUACCGACCUCUUGCAGGGGGCAGUUUGGAGCCGGUGAGUGGUGCUUUCACUGUCUGCCCGCUGGCUCUUGGCAGAGUGGCACAUGUGCCUGCCACGUCUGCUGUGGUGGGUGCCACUGGUGCACAAGGUGUAUAUGGUGGCAGGUGCACAGCAGAGUCUUUAUCCUGCUGCUCUGGGGGUGCCAAUUGAAUGGCUUUCAGUAUCCCUGAGAUCAUCAUCCUUCCUGCAGAAGCAUGAGCCUACCUUGCUGGAAUGUUGCUGUGCAUCUCUGCAGUGAGAUUGGCUCAUGAAAGGCCUUGAGCCAUUGGCUCUUGGCUGUCAUGGGACGUGAUGCUCACCAUCUCUAUAUUUUUUUAAAAAAUAAUAAUUUUUAUUUGAUUUUACAAGUGUAAAAUUAUAACAAUACAAAAUACAUAUCCAUAUUUAGAGACUUCUCCAAAUCGCUGGACUUCCCACCUUCCCCUUCAUGGGUCCAAUUGUCAACCUUUUCGACUGCAUGUUGUUCCAUAAUUGAGGGAACCAGGCAGUUACAGGGAACCAGCCAGAGGGCCUUCUCGGUAGUGGCACCCGCCCUGUGGAACGCCCUCCCACCAGAUGUCAAAGAGAAGAACUACCAGACUUUUAGAAGACAUCUGAAGGCAGCCCUCUUUAGGGAAGCUUUUAAUGUUUAGCAGACCACUGUAUUUUAAGAUUUUGUUGGAAGCCGCCCAGAGUGGCUGGGGAAGCCCAGCCAGAUGGACGGGGUAUAAAUAAUAAAUUAUUAUUAUUAAUUAUUAUUCUUAUAUUUUAUAUCACUCCAUUUUGUCCAUAGUAUCUGCUACAUUACAAGUGUUAUUGCAAUCCUGCUAAUGUUUUCAUCUGCUUACAGUGGUCUCCCAGACAAAUUAUAUUUUUUUCCCUUUCUUUAUUAAAGUUUUGGUCUUCUUGGUUCCUGGUUUCCGGUCAGUUUUGCCAUUUCGGCAUAGCCCAACAUCUUAGCUUGCCAUUCUUCUCUGGUAGGGACUUUGUCUUUUUUCCAUCUCUGGGCUAGUAGCAUCCAUGCGGCUGUCAGUGCUCACCAUCUCUAAACUCCUCUAGAUCUUCCACUACCAGUCAAAUGCCUAUCCAGCUAAGAAGGGCACCUUCCGUGACCGGGUAUCCUGGGUUGGAAACGUGGCCAAGCGGGAUGCUUCCAUUAGGAUCAACAACCCAACGAUGGAUGACAAUGGGACGUUCACCUGUGCUGUGAAAAAUCCCCCGGAUGUGCAGCAUAACAUCCCCCAGACUAUGCUGACUGUCACUCAGAGAGGUAAAGCAAUGUUUCUAGUCCCUGUGGCCAUGGUGGUUCUGCCUCCCAAGCCUUUCCUGUCAAGAGCAUUAAAACCCUGUUGCUGUUUCCUGAAAAUCCCAGCCUCUUAGUGCCAUCUCCCCCCUGCCAUCCUCCACCAGUUGCAUUUUCUAGCAUGCACUAUUUCAGGUGAAUGGUAAGACAGGCCCUCAUUCUACCCUGGGGGCUGCUGGGGUUGAGCGUCAGAUCUGCUCACUUCCUGCCUUAGUCCCCAGAGGCUGGCAAGUACAGUGUGCAAAGAGAAGGGGUGGGGCUCACUCACUGUAUCUGUGUGAGCCUGCAAGUAGGACCUGUUUUUUGCCAUGGUGAGAGGCAAGUUCUUUGGGGUGUCUCUUCCCUUUCCCCCUUUUGGAGAUUGCAAAGCCUGCUAGGCCUACAGAACCAAAAGUUUAUUUUGAGUCAUUCUUAUUUUAAUGUAGAACCAUGGCUAAGGACAUAGACAGCCACCUCAGUUUUAUUUGGACUGGUGUCAAGUGCCCAUUGCUGAAGAAGAAUGGCCUGAUGUGACCAAGAAACAAAUAACUUAAGACAAAAGCAACAUACCUAAAACAAAGAUCUUUAAUGAUGUAUAGAAGUUCAGAGUCUGUGUUUCUCUGAUUCUUUCUCAGUUCUACGAUUGGUACUUGCAAUUAGUUCAUGCUAAUUAUAGUGGACCCUUGGGUUAUGUUACCUUCAGGUAACAUAACUUUUGGGUUGCGAACGUGGCAAACCUGGAAGUUUCGCCCUGCGCGCAUGUGCAGAAGUGCUCUGUGCAUCUUGCAUGUGCGCAGAAGCAGCGCCUCUGCUUAUGAAAUUUUCGGGAUGCGCACAGACCCCUGGAACGAAUUAAAUUCAUAUCCAGAGGGUCCCCUGUAUAAAACAUUCAUAAGUUUAUUCAGUUUAUAUUGUAUUCCUGCUUUAAUUUUCAUCAUAAGCAAUUUGCUUUAUUUUCUGUAAGUUACUUUCUUUUCCUUAAAUUCCAUAAUACUGUUAAGCUUUAAUAAGCUGAUGGAUUUGUUCCAGUCACAAAACUGAGUCUGCUGCGGAAAUCCCUAGUUAAGCUUUCAUGUUUCACCAUGUUUCUGCUGAAAAAUUCAAACCCUGAUGGGAAGACUCAGUUAGCAUUUGUGCAUUGGCCAGGGAUUAGCAUGGUAUGUGCUUACCUCCCGUCUUCUGUUCUGGGGACUGGCUGUGACGCCUCCUUAAUUCAGCAUUUUGCCUUCUUUGCUCACAUGGGUUGGAAACUCAGUUGUGGUUUGAUCUUGGGUGUUCCCCUUGGAGCCUCUGUUCCCCAGAGACCCAGUCUGCCCUUCUGGUGUGCCUCUGGCCUGAUUCCUGCCUCUUUCUCCAGGGGCCUCCUUCCAGCUGACAUCAGCUGGGCUUCUCUCCAUCCUGGUCUUCCUCCCCUCAGCCAUUGUGGUGGCCUUGCUCCUGGUUCGAAUGGGCAAGAAGCUCGGGGUGCUGAAAAGCAAGAAGAAGUGCAACUACAAGAAGUCCUCCAUCGAAGUCUCUGAAGAGUGAGCACUUUGUGUUAUGUGCUUAACCAGGGAGAAGCAGAGAGAAGUAGCGUUUGGGAUGGGGAGGGCUGCCCUGAGGGUUCUUGUUGGGCUCCCUGGGCUUGUACUCAAGGUCACUUAAUGGAGAUUAAUGACACCACCCCAUACAACCCUCACCAUGCCCAUGAUCUCAGACCAAGGGGAAUAUAAUGAGCAGAAUAUGUGGUUAUUGUGGAGCAGCUGAUUCAGACUGUGAACCCUCCAUAGGGCAUCAGCAGGUGUUUUGAUGAUUGACACUCCACUGCACCUGGUGCCUCAAAGGCAUGUUCUGCCUACUGUCAGCUCCUGCAUAAAUCUUGGGAACUUGGUGGUCUGCGGCUGUUGGUCCACCUCAGGAGCAGGUAGUGGUGGACUCGCCUUCAUUGGAGGUUGGGUGGCCUCCUGUCAGGGAUUAUUUAACUGUGAUUCCUGCAUUGUGGAAGGUUGAACUAGAUGGCUUUGGGGGUCCCUUCCAACUCCACAAUUCUAUGAACAGCAACCCCAUGGAAGCUUUGUGGCAGAUGCAGGGGGCAGGGUAGGGCGAGUCUGGUCAAGCCUCACCAGUGAGGAGCUGCUUGUCAGGAUAACUGGGUUUCUUUUGGAGGGGAUGGGCAGAGGUAGAGCAAGCUGACUGGCACAAGUGUGCAACUGGCUGCCCUGGGGUUUUGAGGGGGGCAGGUGCCAGACAGGCAAAGGAGACACAUGCUGGACUCACCUCUGUGCUCUUCUUGUAGACCUGAGCGACCUAAGUGCAAGGAGAGGCUGGCCGCCUGGUGUCUGCGAUGUCUGGUAAGCAAAAGUGCCAUUCUUACACACCCAGUUUGAUGCUGGCAAGAUAGCAGGGAGGGCAAAGCAUCUUGGGCCUGCCAUCAAAUUCCCACUCAUGCCUGACCCAAUCCAGAGGCCAAGACUGAAGUCUCCUACCUUUGCCGCUGUAGGUGUCAGAAGGGUGGAGGUGUUUGUGAACAGGGCUGGCCUGGGGGAGUGGGUUGGGGGGCAUAGGAACAAACCCACUCGUAGAUACCACCCAUUGUUUCCAUUUGCCCUUCAGUCAUGAGAGGCAGGGUGGAGGCAUGCUAGUCAUCUGGCCCUGGAGAACCUCCCUCUUUCCCUCCUGCCAUUGCUAGCAGGUGCACCAUUUCGGGCAGGGGCUGCAAGGGGGAUAGGACAGCUAAGUGAGCACAAUUUCCUGUUACAGCUGGCGUCUAGGGUGGGAGUAUACUACAGCUUCAUAUGAAGUACCCCCCCCCUUUUGUAGGGCUGGUCCUGCCAUUGGGCUUGAGUGAAGCAGCUGGCUGAGGCAAAUGAUUUAGGGCAGGGCUUCCCAAACUUGGUUCUCCAGCAGUUUUUGGACCACAUUUCCUAUCAUCCCUGACCAUUGGGAUGAUGGGAGUUGUAGUCCAAAAACAGCUGAAGACCCAGGUUUGGGAAACCCUGGUUUAGGGUCUUGUGAAAGGGCAACAAAUGGCCAGCGAUUUAAUCCAUUAUUGUAUUUUUAGUCCCAGAGAGAGGCACUUUCAGGUUUUUCUCAUUCAGGUGCCAAAAUGACUUGCUCUAUGUACCUUGACUUGGGGGAGGAGACAUUUACUGUUCCACCACAGGUAGAAAAAUAUCUUUUUGGGCCAGCCCUGUUUGCCAAUGAAGCAAAGACCAAACAUGGGAUGGGUGGGAGAGUUGGCCGUCCCUUUUGUUUCUGAAUAUGAAUGUUUGUGUGGUUGGCACUUGGAGGUUUUACUAUGUGAUAAUGUUGUGAAGUCCACAAUUGCACAUGCAGGCUGCAGGCUCUUGGGCCUGAGCUGCUGAGGAUUUUAGCGUCUCUGUGCUGGUGUUCAGCCAGAGUAUGCAAGGAGGUUGUCAGCAAGAGUACAAAAUAAGUCUGAGUUGAAGGAUCCCGUUGGUUACACAAGGAAGUGGCAUUGCAAGUGUGUGCCCUGGUCUAAGAGUCUGGCACAGUUGUCCAUCAAUUUAGCAUUGUGUCUCAGUCCAUUUCCUACAGUGGUCUCAUCCUCAUAUGGAGGUUUCUGAAGAAGACCAGGGUGUACACUCUGGCAUGCUGGGCCUGUGUGUGUGUGUGAGAGAGAGAAGAGAGGGGUGGAAUCUAACUGAGCUUCCUUGCAGACAUUUCCAGAUCUGGGUUCACUGAGUUGUUUAGCACAAAAUCCUCCAACUCAUUUUCCCAACAGUAAAUUUCUGCCAGGUGAAGCAUUUGGGGGGUCAUCUUGUUGGCUCUGUUGCUUGACCUUUUCUUCUUGCAUUCUGUUCAGGAUUCAGAUGAUGAGGAUCCUUACUGA